AAAGCUGGGACACGAGAGCCGGAGGUUCUGGCCGGGACAGAGAGUGCCAGCGCGAGCCCUGCGACCGAAGACCCCGAGUUCCGAAGUUGGGGGCACCCGCGGCAGGAGGAUGCAGCACCGAGGCGUCCUCCUCGUCGUCCUUCUUUCCCUCCUCGCGCUCACCUCCGCGGUGGCCAAAAAGAAAGACAAGGUGAAGAAGGGCGGCCCCGGGAGUGAGUGCGCGGAGUGGAGCUGGGGGCCCUGCACCCCCAGCAGCAAGGACUGCGGCGCGGGUUUCCGCGAGGGCACCUGCGGAGCCCAGACCCAGCGCGUCCGCUGCCGGGUGCCCUGCAACUGGAAGAAGGAGUUUGGAGCCGACUGCAAAUACAAGUUUGAAACUUGGGGGGCGUGUGACGGAGGCACGGGCACCAAAGCCCGCCAAGGCACCCUGAAAAAGGCACGGUACAAUGCCCAGUGCCAGGAGACCAUCCGUGUGACCAAGCCCUGCACCCCCAAGACCAAAGCGAAGGCCAAAGGCAGGAAUGAGUUCACACUUCUCAGCUCAGUCCUGACCCACAACAGCGCAGAGGACAAUCUCUACCCACUUUCCACAUGAGAAAGCCAAGAAAGGGAAGGGAAAGGACUGAGGCCAGACCUGAAUGCCACGGAGCCUCUGGCAUUACCAGCCCUCUUUUCCCACCUAUCAGUGCCUUUUGUUAUCUUUAGCAAUCCUGUCCUUCCUCUGCCCUCUCACUCCCUACACCAAGUGCCCAAAGUGGGGAGGGUAAAGGGAUUCUGGGAAGUUUGAGCCUUUCCCCCACUACCCUUUUUAUUUCUUACCUACCCUGAUACCUGUUACUAAGAAAUGAAUAAAAUGAACCAACUUUCUUUUCCAA